UCGAGAACCACAGCUCUCUUCGUCAGAUGCAUCUGACGAAGAGAGCUGUGACUCUCGAAAGCUAAUGCUACAAUAAAGUUGUAGCAUAAAGAUACGAAUUUUCAAGAGUAAAGAGAAAAUGCGGAAAGAUAUGAAUAUUCAAGAGUAAAGAUACAGAUUUUCAAGAGUAAAGCUUAUACGCUGAAUAUCUUGUUGGUCUCUUAAGAUGCCACUGGACUCAUCCUACUGCAGACCGACAUGGCUACCCACCUCGCUAUAAGAAACAAAACUACCUUCAUGGAACCCUUAGAAGGGUGUAACUCCACAUAACAAUCCUCCUGUUAAGAAACUGUGUUUUAGUCCAGUGGAAACUUGUGGGGGACUACGUCCCCCUAGCUGGGACUCCCCGUCUAUUAGUUUAGCAGAAGUAGCAGAUAGUCUCUGCAUUUUUCCUGGCUGGAUUUGAAUCUUUCCACAUUACAGCAGGAUUUGAGCCCAGUCGCACCGUAGAGACCAACAAGAUUUUCACUUUCCAGAGUCAAAGUUCCCUUCUUCAGAUUCAGGGAGGAGCGGAGAUCCUUGAGCCUUUAUAUCCCAUAUAGGAGGUGGGUGGGGUGAAAAGGUCCCAGUUGGCUCUAAUCCUGCUGUUCUAGUGCAGACUAACACGGCUACCUACCGGAAUCUUUCCUCCUUGCAUUUUGUUCAUUUCGUGGCCCCACGCUGUUUGCUUCCUACAUUAAACCACAGCAUCGUGAGGGGUUCUUCCAUUGCACCUGAAGAAGUGGGGUGUAGUCCGUGACAACUCUAGAGAUUUUCUUUCUGGGGUCCCCCCCCCCCCCACUAUCAGAGUAUGUGGAUCCAUUCUUUCAGAUGCACCGUUCCCUACUUUUUUAUAUGAGGAAAUGAAAUCCUGCCCUCCAGUCAUUGUUGAUUUAUGGCAACCCCUGGUGGGGUUUUCCUGGCAUGAGAUGAUCAGAGGUGGUUUGCCAUUGCCUGCCUCUGCAACCCUGGUCUUUAUUGGAGGUCUCCCACCCAAUUACUAACGAAGGCCGACCCUGCUUAGCUUCUGAGAUCUGGCAAGAUCAGGCUCUCCUGGGCUAUUUUAUAUAGGAGGUUUGAAAAACAAAAGAUCAGCAAAGCAAAGGACAUGAAGGACAAGAUGAAACGUAAUGAUGUGAAAUUCAGACCUAAUGAAGAGAAAUACGCUACAUACCCAUGAUCGUAGUGUAACCCUUAGAACAAUCUUACAAUGCAGAGUAGAAUGAUGGUUCCCAGAUGGGAACGGGGCUCCGGCUGUGAAAGAUCAGGGCAUCUAAGACCACUGAGUAAGUUCAUUGCACAAGUGAAACUUGAACUUGGAGCCUUCUUAGUUGACGGCUCAGCCUUUCUGCCACACCAGCUGUAUGCCGAGACCCCACCUGGGCUGAGCCCUCUUUUUCACUUCCAGGGCUUAUUCAUGAACAUACAUACUAAGAGGAGGCCAAAGUGUUCCUGAGCAAGUGCGGAGUGCAUUUCCCUCACUGUGGGAUAAACAGAGACUCUUCAGGCACCAGGAAGAAAGUUUUCUUGAUUCAAGGCUGUUGUUCCCAGGUAGUCUUGAGUCCGCUGAGAAAGUCUGAAAAGGAAAUGGAAAUGUACAAUAAGGAGGCCAACUCCUGCCUCCUUUGAACAGGAGUUGGCUGCCCAUUCUAUGCUCUGUCUCUAAGCUGAGGCCCCUCCGAUCUUGGCACCUGCCUUCUUGACCAGACGUGAGACCUUCAGGUUACCCAUUUGAUAUUAGAACCUAUUACUCUCUCCUUGGGCUGCUGGCUGCUCUCCAAGAAUCCAGUGAACCAACCAACCCUGGCAGAAGAAUGACAGUGGCUGGCGCUGUACCCCUCCAGCAUCCUAAGAAAGAUUAUUAUUAUUAUUAUUAAUUGUUCAUCUCUUUUCUAAAACGAGUCACUUUAAAGCGACUUGCCCAAGAGAGAAAUGCCAGGAUCCGCACGGCCAACCAGAAGUGAUACUGGGUCACGGAUCUGCAGGGGGAACUCAAGAGCCCUGGUUUCAGGAGUCAUGGCGGCUGGCGUUGCUUGCAAUGCUCCGGCUGCGGUUUGUGGCUCCCACGCAGGCAAAGCUGCAGCCAGCCCAGCCUCAGGAGCCAUCGAGGUGGAACAAAAGUUCCUCUUUGGGCCUGGCACCGAAGAGAAGCUGGUGACCAUGGGUGCGACUCUGGUGGGAAGCGUCUCCUUCCGGGACCGGUACUUUGACACGCCAAACUGGCGCCUCACCCUGGCUGACCAUUGGCUCCGAGAUCGCGAGGGGGCUGGGUGGGAGCUGAAAUGUCCCCUGCCUUUAGAGGGUGCUGGCAUUUCAGGCCCAGCCACAGAAAGCCAGAGCCCCCGGGGCUUCCCGCAGGCACAUGAUGGAUCUCUCCCAGACCAUUCUUUGCAGCUGCUAGAGGGAGCUGACAGCCCAGGUCCCACUACUCAAUACCAGGAAGUGACACGCACCCAGGAUAUCGUGGCCCGUGUCUGUGGUCUGCUGGGCGUGGACUUGGCAGCAGGUUGGCACGACAACGUGGCCAAAGCAGUGGAGGAACUCGGCCUGGAGGAGUUUGCCAGCUAUGUGACCUCUCGACGUAAAUAUCAAGUGGGCGAGCUGAGCAUCGACCUGGACGAGGCAGAUUUUGGCCACGCCGUGGGGGAGGUGGAAGCCGUGGUUGAGCACCAGGAGGAUGUGCCAGAGGCCCUGGAGAGGAUACAGAAACUGGGCAGGCAGUUGGGCUUUGAUGAGAAAACCCGAAUCCAUGGAAAGAUGUUUGUUUACCUGCAGAAAUUCAGGCCCGCCCACUACGAAAGCCUGGUGCGAGCCAGGGGGCUGAAGAAAGUGGUGCGCACGGCAGCUGUGGCAGGGGAGAAGGGCUGAGCACAGCUUCGGGGUGGGGGGCCCUAUCCUUGGACAGGAGACCCCCUGGCUCUCCAUCACAGACAGUUCUGCUCUAGCAUCAUCCUCAGAAGAGAAGGAUGAGUUUUUAUGUGAAUAAAAUAGAGAAGCCCCAGGUCUGUCCUGCUUGCCCAACCUUUGGUCACAACUACGUGGAGGAGGGCUGAGGAGAGGGGAACCAUUGACUGUCUGGGGCGGAGAAGGAAGGCAGAAAGAGCAAGCAGACAAGCAUUUCGCAGGUUCUGGAAAACGGAUAUAUAGCAUUCAGCUGCCGCCUUCUGCAUCCUUUCAGUCCAUUCCACCACCACCACCCUGCCCCAACCACUUAAUGCAUCUGAUUGUGUGAGCCCCUCUCUUCAGCUGUCCUGGUUUUUGGCAUUCCAUGGCAGACCCUUCAGUAAGAAAGUUCAGGAGCUUUGGGUGACAUCACAGCAGUUCAGCCAAUGGUUGGAGGUUCAGGGGAGAGGAAGUCAGGAGAUAGUUUUUGGCCAAUUAGAAAGAGUAUUGCAGAGAGAAAGAACAUCGGGAAAUUUAUUCACACUUAAAAAC